CGGGCGAUGACGCGCACGGGCCAUGGGGCAGACGCUGUGCGUCUGCUCCCGCGGCACCGUCAGCCUCGGGGGAGCGCGGUACCUCCUGCUCCACCGCCUGGCAGAGGGGGGCUUCAGCUAUGUGGACCUGGUGGAGGGGCUGCGGGAUGGGCGCUUCUACGCCCUGAAGCGCAUCCUGUGCCACGACAAGGAAGACCGCCAGGCCGCCCUCCACGAGGUGGAGAUGCACGGCCUCUUCGACCACCCCAACAUCCUGCGCCUGGUGGCCCACUGCAUGGUGGAGAAGGGUGCCAAGCACGAAGCCUGGCUUCUCCUGCCCUAUGUGAAGGGGGGAACCCUCUGGAGAGAGGUGGAAGCACUGCGAGAGAAAGGCACCUUCAUGCCAGAGCAACGGAUCCUUCACAUCCUCCAUGGGAUCUGCCGUGGGCUGCAAGCCAUCCACAGCAAGGGCUAUGCACACAGGGACCUCAAGCCCACCAAUGUGCUGCUGGAUGAGGAUGACCAACCUGUGCUGAUGGACCUGGGCUCCAUGAACCAAGCUCGCAUCGAAGUCAACAGCUCUCAUGAGGCCAUGGCUGUGCAGGACUGGGCUGCCCAGCGCUGCACCAUCUCCUACCGUGCCCCUGAGCUCUUCACAGUGCCGAGCCAGUGCGUCAUAGAUGAGCGUACAGAUAUUUGGUCCUUAGGCUGUGUGCUGUACUGCAUGAUGUUUGGAGAGGGCCCCUAUGAUGCCAUCUUCCAGAAGGGUGACAGUGUGGCUCUGGCAGUUCAGAACCCCCUCACGUUGCCCUCCACAACCAGGUACUCGGCUGCCUUGCAACACCUGCUCUUCUCCAUGAUGACAGUGAACCCCCAGGAGAGACCCAGCAUAAAUGAAGUCCUCCACCAACUAGAGGGGCUGCAACCAGCACCGGUGGGACAGGACACCACACAGAUCUGAUCCCAUCCCCUUCCAGUGGUGAUGCUGGCUGAACCAGGGGAAAAGCAGCUGCCCUAAUCCCUGCUGCCCUGCAGGCCUGUUGCAGAGGGGAUUGAUGCCCUGGGGGAGAGCUGCUGCUCUGUGCCAGAGGUGUGUUGGAUUUGGAGUGUUCUGUGCCCUGGAUGUUGCUGCCUGGGCCUUGGUCUGAGCCCCUGAGCUGUGGAUAAUGUGAUCUGCUGCUAAACGUGGGUCCCUUGCCAGCUGCUACCUUCCCUGGGGGUAGCAGAAGAGGAUGUUGUGGGACGCCUCCUGGGGAUGGGAGCUGCUGUUCUGCAGCUCUGUGUCCCAGGAGGGUUGUUCCUAAGGGUCGGAUCCCGGUGCUGUGUUGGAGGGAGGCAGAGGAAGUGCCCACUCUGCUACUGCUCUUGGCACCGAUGUGGCCUUGUGUUUGAAGUAAAGUAUGUUCUUGCAGA